AAAGAGCUGAGAAGAUACACAAUUUAAAGACGAAUAGACAUCUUUUUGCUUUUGUACAGAUUAUUUAUUUAAAAAAUAUGUCAGAGACAGACCCGAAAUCGGCGCAGGAUCUCACAGCAGUGGUACAGACAUUGCUGCAGCAGAUGCAGGAUAAGUUCCAGACAAUGUCAGACCAGAUCAUCGGGAGGAUUGAUGAAAUGAGUACCCGCAUCGAUGAUCUAGAGAAGAAUAUAGCAGACCUGAUGACUCAGGCAGGAGUGGAAGAGAUUGAGGGGGAGAACAAGGUCAAAGAGGGAGAGGCUUCCUAGUAGAGAAUGCUGAGUUAGAAGAAACAAAAAAAA